AAUUUGUAUCGAGAAGAAACUCCUACUUACAAAACCAAAUGGGUGUCCCUUUCCCAACUGUGGAACAAGCGUCGAGACUAUUACUGGAGUCACCACAACUGAAAUGGAUCUUAGGCACGAUUCUCAAUUCAGCACUUCAUCAAUAGUUGGGAAGAUGGGGAGACAACUUACUAUCCAAUCUCAGGAAAUUAUUGAUGAGGAGAUGCCGGAUGUUGAUAAUGGGGAGAAUAAAGAUAAAGAUAAUUCGAAGGGAAUAGGUGCUGAUAUAGCUGAGGGAGCUCAAAAAAAGACCUAUUGA